GUCGUUUAAAUUGCCGGAAUUCGGGAAGUCGUGGCCUUCUCGGGAUGGUCGUUUGGUGUUCCCGCCAUUUUGAGAAGGUCGCUGCGUCGCCGCCAUCUUGGGAAGGUCGUUGAGUCGCAGCCAUCUUGGGAGGGUCUUGCUGUCUCGUGACGUCAGGCGAUCCCGGCGUGACGUCAAGGGUCCGUGAUGUCACGGGGAGGGCCGGGCCCGGGCAGGCCCCGCCCGGGGGGGGCCGGGCCGGUCCCGGUGGCGGCGGGCGGCGGCGGGGGCCAUGGCCAAGGCCUACGACCACCUCUUCAAGCUGCUGCUGAUCGGGGACAGCGGCGUGGGCAAGACCUGCCUCGUCAUCCGCUUCGCCGAGAAUGACUUCAGCAGCACCUACAUCUCCACUAUCGGGAUCGACUUCAAGAUCCGGACCAUGGACAUCGAUGGGAAGAAGAUCAAACUGCAGAUCUGGGACACGGCAGGGCAGGAGCGCUUCAAAACCAUCACCACGGCCUAUUACCGAGGAGCUGUGGGCAUCAUCCUGGUGUACGACAUCACGGACGAGAAAUCCUUCGAGAACAUCCAGGGCUGGAUGAAGAGCAUCCAGGAGGUGAUUUUUGG